AUGUACCUUCUUUCUUUGAUGGGUAAUUUUACCAUCCUCUUUUUUAUCAAGACAGAGCAAAGCCUCCAUGAACCUACAUACUAUUUGCUUUCUAUGCUCUCCAUCUCUGACCUAGGGCUGUCUCUCUCUUCCUUACCCACCACUUUGGGACUAUUCCUAUUUGAUAUCCGUGAAAUUCAUGCAGCUUCAUGCUUUGCCCAGGAAUUUUUUAUCCAUCUGUCUAUAGUCAGUGAAGCCUCUGUACUGUCUGUAAUGGCAUUUGACCGGUAUGUGGCAAUCCACAAUCCUUUGAGAUACAGCACUAUCUUAACUAGUCCCAGAGUCAAAAACGGUUUUUUUCUGACCUCUAAGAAUGUUCUUUUGAUCCUUCCACUGCCCUUUCUCUUGCAAAGGCUGGGAUACUGUCAUCGAAACCUGCUCUCCCACUCUUAUUGUCUCCACCAGGAUGUCGUGAAGCUGGCGUGUUCUGACAACAGAGUCAAUGUUGUCUGUGGACUCUGUGCAGCACUUUCUACUAUGCUGGACUUGGUGUUUACUAUCUUCUCCUACAUUAUGAUUUUAAGGGCUGUACUGGGAAUUGCUACCCCCGGACAGCAGUUCAAGGCCCUCAACAUGUGCAUCUCUCACAUCUGUGCUGUGCUUAUCUUCUAUGUGCCCAUGCUGAGUACUGCCAUGCUCCACUGGUGUGCCAGGGAUGUGUCUCCUAUGAUCCAUGUCCUCAUGGCUGAUAUUUUUCUGCUGGUUCCACCCCUGUUGAAUCCCAUUGUGUACUGUGUGAAGACCCAUCAAAUCCGAGAAAAGGUUGUGGGGAAACUUUGUCCAAAAAGAAGUUGA